AUGAUGCCUCUACCACCCUCGGAUCCAAGGAAGCAGCCCGCUUCCUUGCAACCCUCACCUCUACCUCCUCUCAAUGGAAACACCACAAACUCUGCGCCAUACGUGCUGAAUCCGCCUAAUACUCUGGAACGCCGGAAAUCGUCGCCAACCAAAGGAUCUCAGCGGCCUAGAACGUCUGAUUCAGGUCAAGGCAGACUUGGCUUCGUAUCGAUUACUGCGCCUUCUCCAUCCAUGUUCCCUACAGAUUCUCCCAUCAAGAGAAACUCAAAUCAACAUAUCCAUCGACGAGCUCCUUCAUUACCCAUACAGGCCGCUUUCUCGACCUUUCCAAGCGCGCCAUCUCCCUUCCCAACUCAACACCACUUCGCCUCUAGCUUUCCUAAUGACGCCUUUGCCGACUUUCCUGACCCAUCAUGUCAGGUGAGACCACUUAAGAGAACUCUAAUGGAAUCAGCCCCCCUGAUUGAUCGGCCAGCAAACAAGAAACAGAAGCGCGAAGACUCGGCGACAUUUACACUACCAGAGCCUCACGAAAUGCCUCCUGUUGAAGACGAUGGAUCUAAACCGCCUUAUAGUUAUGCGGUUCUAAUUGGCAUGGCAAUUCUCAGGGCGCCUGGUCGAAAGUUGACUCUGGCGCAAAUUUACAAGUGGAUUUCGGAUACCUUUGCUUUCUACCGUUCUGGAGACUCUGGCUGGCAGAAUAGUAUUCGCCAUAACCUUAGUUUGAAUAAAGCGUUCAUCAAGCAAGAGCGUCCCAAAGAUGACCCUGGUAAGGGCAAUUAUUGGGCCAUCGAACCUGGAAUGGAAGCGCAAUUCGUCAAGGAUAAGUCUGCUCGGCGUGCGACACUGUCUAGCAUUCCACUCCCCCCGAUUAUCCUACAAAGGGAUGCUCCUUCAUUUGCCCCUCAACCGAGCACCUCCAUGUGGAGGGUUCCUCCGCCGCCGCUACCACCUUCUUCCUCUCACCAUCCUGUUGAAAUCUCUCAAAUCCAAGAGCCAUCGUCUGAUGCUACUAUUCUUGCCUCGGACCCCGCUCUACAAGAAGACAGUUCAGAGCAAGAAUCUCAUAUCGCUCAGACCAAUGUUCCUCGCUCCUCUCCUCCUCAAGUUAUUCGCUCAUCUCCACCAGUCGUUCCCCCUUCAGCCCGUUUCACUCGAGCAGGAACACCACCAACACCAUCUCGCCCAAUGGCAUCAGCAGCAGCUCCUCGCGCACGGAAUCAGCCUUCUGCUUCGGCCAACGACAGCGGUUACUACUCGUCUCUUGAGUCUUCAGUAAUGAGGACAAACAAGACUGGCGUUAUGCUGACUUCUGAUCUGGACAUUGAACCUCCACGCCUGAAACGCGGCCGUGCAGAGGAAGAGAUUGCCCGGAUUAGGAGCUCAUCUCAUGACAUAAGUCCUGGCCAUUCCAAGGUUCUCAAGAAGAGCGCCAACUCGGUUGCUGGCUCAUCGCCUCUGCGCGGCGAAUACAUCAGCUUGCUMCCCCCGCCAUUGACACCGAUGAUCAAAUUCAAGAAACCGCUCAAGCCGCCACCAUCUUUGUCGCCUAAUACGAAUCUUCGUAAUCAUCGACGCAAGAUUCAGCAUAUGGUCAACUCGCCUAUCAAGCAUUUAGGUCUUGCCGAAGAAGAACUACCCUGGAGCCCAGCGUUUACUAUCCAUGACGAGACAACAUCUACACCCAAUGACAGUAUUCAGCUACAUUUCGACAUCUUUGCCGAUUCAGUGGCAGAUGUUGUUUACACUCCAGCUCGCAAGUCUCCCGAGAAGCGCAGCAUCAAGCGUGAGACGCAAACUGCCACUGGAUUGGCCGAGUCAGCGCUUGCAGACAUAACCACGACCAGCGUCAACAAGCGGAUUGGGCGUUCCUUACUAUCGACGGGCAAGGGAUUGUCUUCACAUUUCCAAGAUUCUCCGUCGAAAGUCCCAGCACAUCAGUCAGCUCGGUUCCUCGAUGCGUCGAAUGAUGACUUUUUCUCCUUUAGCAUGUUUGAUGAUAGCCCUGAGGAAGUUGACGGUGUUGAUCUGCUGCAAGGAUUCAAGAAGAUUGGCGGCAACACUGCGAGAGACAAUACUAGCAACGCUGGUAUCAACAAAGCUGGUGGGCUUAGACAGCCACUUAAUCAGCGAGGCUAUAGCUCUUACUUUUGA